AUGUUUGGUUGUUCUGUUCUGUGCUUUGUUUGGUCGAGAGUGGAAUCUGCUUAUGAGUCCGCUGUCCAGUACGCUAGGACGGCGUUGGACUGGACGGAUGUAAUGGCAACAAAGGAUUACGAGAAGUAUCUAGUGUAUUCUCGAUCGAAACUUUGUCUUCAUCUUAUGGCCUUCGCACUUCACAGACGAAUGAAUAUCGCCCGACGGAAGUUGGCCGUGAAUGUCGUCGAACUCGGCAAAGAACGCGAACCAAAUAACAACGGAAGAAUGCGAACAGCAUCUGCUCUGUCGAACUCCACAUCCACAUUGUCGAUGUUCCGAACAGCUGGCAAUCUAGUGCAACUCAUAGAGAACCCGAUGUUUGAAAAUAUCGAAGAUCUGUUGAAGAGCAUGAAACGGCCCUUACAGGAAGUUAAUCAUCUUUCCCACUACGUCAUAAGCCGUCAACUGCGCCCGCUGCUGGCCAGAAAUGCACCUUCCAGAAUCAUCUUCGUCUCCAGUCUCUGCUAUGAUUGGUACCCUCUAGAUUUCUCCGAUCUGCAAGCUGUCAACUAUGGAGAGCCUUAUCGACAGUAUUCACGCAGUAAACUCAUGAAUCACUUGACUGCUUUGAGAAUGGCUCGUGAUAAAGGCGACGGUGUGACAGUGAAUGUUCUGGAACCAGGAGUGAUAGAGACGAAAUUGCUCAGGCGUGGAGGUUACUCUGGUGGACCUGUGAAGAACGGCAGCUGCGCGCCAGUACAUCUCGUCAUGUCUGAUGAACUCCAGAGCAUCACCGGCGUGUAUUUCAAUAAUCGAGGAAAGAAGAUUACCUCGCUGAGCUCUGAUUCGACCGACUGUACUCAACAAGAUCGUCUAUGGAAGAUGAGCGAGGAGAUAUGUGCAAGAUUUGGAGUUACUUUUUAG